AUGGAAUCCGCCGCCAAGAUCAAUGUGAUUGAAACCCACCGCACGGACAAGUACCAGGAUAAAGUUGUUGACACAUAUGACGAUCCUCCAGAAAUGUGGCAAAAGGCUCUCGGCGACAAUCUGAGCUUCCAAUUUGGCCUCUUUGAUCAGACAGAGAUUUCCGAAGGUGCUAGACCGGGACCUGUUGGCCCUGCUGAGUUUCGAGCGUUUGAUCGCCAGCUCGAGCUCGCUGGGCUUCUCGGGCCAAACAGGCCACAACUCCGCCGAAUAUUAGAUAUUGGUUGUGGCUGGGGCUUCAUCACCAAGCACAUAGCCGCACUUUUCACCGAAUGUCAGUGCAUCGACGCCAUCAAUAUCAGCCAACGUCAGCUUGACUUCUGCGCCAAUAACUUACCUAUGGAUCUUAGAAAGCGGGUCAAUCUAUACUUCUGCAAUGGGCAGGAUGUUGAUCUUCUUCCCAAUCCGGAAGUGCCGUAUGAUUUGGUCGUUGUACGUGGGGUUUACACUCACUUUCUCUUCAAUGUCUUCGAAGCUUCGAUAGCUCAGGUAGCACAGCGUUUGAGCCCUCAGGGUACCCUGCUCAUUUCCGACACGCUAUACAGGGUCACCGACCUCGAAACAUACAAGUCCCCUAUACCAGACACGGUGGAUCGUCUGGCGUGCGCCAAUCGAAAGACCCCAGAUUACUUCAUCAGCGUUUUGAAGAAGAACGGGCUACAUUUACACGAUAUGCGCAUAAUGCCAUCAAAUGCCGAGGUCAUCCACUGGUUCGACAAGGUGCGACUCAACAUUGAACAAAAUUUCCCGGAUGGGGCUAGCGGUCCAAUCCAGGAGUUGCACGAUAUGGCCGUUAGCUUUAACCAGAGCUUGGCUAAAGAACAAGCCUCAGUGUACAGCAUCAUUGCGCGAUACGUUGUGGACUGA